AUUGAGCACGUAACUUCCAGUGACCUGAGAGUAUCCAUAUUCUAUUCACCCUGAAUACAAGUCGAGGUUACCCUGGAGAUUCGGCGGACAAAAAAAUCGAUCGCGAGCUGCACUUUACCACGCCUAUAAGAGUUCGAACUCUGCACUCAAGAGUGACUCUGAUGAGUGCAAUCCACUGGCUUGCCUGCCUGCCUGUCUGCGCUGCGCUGCGCUGCCCUGCCCUGCCCACAAGACCGCUCGGACCUGUCAUUGAGUGCCAUUCUUAGUGGUUGGUUUUAGUGAAUGCGAGCCCAUCUCAGGCCGGCGCUUGCAGUUUAUGAGUUAGAGCUCACGCUGUUCCAGUUCGAGUUCCAGUUCCAGUAGCUGGACUUUCGCUAGGAGGACCCAGAGGAAAGCUCAGGAGACUGCACAACUGAGAUUUGGCGGAAAGAUAAGUUCAGGCCCGUGAUUUUAAUUUGCGUGCAGUGAGAGCGAAGGUCGUCUCGCCCGUCUUGCAGUCAAUGAUUUGUGGAGCUUAAGUACGGGAUAUCCCGUGGACCUAGGCUGGCUGGCUGGGUUUCAGCAUCUCCUUCUGUCUAUUGAAUGCGGUCGGUGCUCGUCCACUCUCCUCUCUCCUCUCUCCUCUCCGCAUUCUCAGACAAAUAUCGAUUCCCUGCCGUGGGUAAUUGAGCAACCCAGAGCUGCGGGAAUCAAAACGCUUAAGACCGGUAACCAUUCUGAAGCUCGACGACAGACUUCUGGGCCCUGCUAGAGAGAGGCGUGGAGUUUCAUGUGUCAAUGAAACAUAGCUCCAGUUUGCACAGCCCGGGUCGGACUUGGGUUCUUCUGAGACUUCUUUCCUUGCCAGCUCGUUCGAGCCUGUUGGAGGGUCUGGCGCAUUUCGGUGGAGGACGGUUCUGAUUAGCUUUGCAUUCUCGAUGCAGUCUGCGGGAUUCCAGUUCGCUGAGUAGAAGGCGAGGGAGAGGAGAGUAGAGGCGAGGAGAGGAGAGGAGAGGAGAAAAGAAGCGAGAGUCGGGCACUUAAAUUAAGAAACGACUUCUACUCGUACUGCCUCGUAAUCGUAUGCCUGCACUGCUCGUCCCCGUAGCCAGAAACGACACUGCUGCACUGAAUUUUGUAUCUGUCAUGUCAUGAUCAGCAGCGAGCGCUGAGUCGCGCGAAUGCUCCUCACACCAACGCUGGGCUGCAAUUAAGUGCACCACAGAUUCCGUCAGUGGCUGCAUUUGGGCCUGCCACUCUCUCGCCAAGAAGAAGCUGCUGGGAGCAAGAGUGGACCCGGCCGACUAGAUUCGAAGUCGAGCAGAAGAAGCAGCGACUUAGUUGGCUGUGCUUCAUGGCGAGUGAGGGCAUUGCCAAUGAUCACUCGUCGGUCUGGCGCUUCCAUGAUCAAACUCCAUGGCCAACCGGUAGCUCAUCCGGGCUGGUUCCCGAGGCUGAUCAUGACUUGACGGAAUCGUAUCAUGGCGUAAAGAACUUCGUGGUGCAUCCAGAUUUUUCGGUCACCAGGCCUCCCUUUGAACUGGUUGCGCCCAACUCCGAAUUCGUGAACGAGGUCGCCUGCAAGGAUGUGACAAUUGACGAGGAGAUUGACUUGUGGGUGCGCAUCUACGUCCCGGAAACCGUCAAGUCGUCCGCAAAGAAGCUGCCCGUGAUUUUGUUCUUCCACGGAGGUGGCUUCGUGUGCUUGAGCCCGCACGCUCGCCUCAUUCACGACUACUGCGAAUCCGUGUGCAGAUCCACCGACUCGCUCCUCGUCUCCGUCAACUAUCGCAAGGCCCCGGACUACCGCAUUCCGACGCAAUACGAAGAUGCAUUCACAGCUCUCAACUUCCUCAGGUCGCAAGCUCGGCUUCAGCGCGAGCUCGAGGAAAUUGGCAGCUCUGCUGCUGAUUCUCGGCCCGAAGCUUUGCAAUUGAAUCUGGGAGGGGAUGCGAAAUCAUCGGAGCCGUGGUUGAGAUCUCACGCCGACUUCGACCGGUGUUACUACAUGGGCGAUAGUGCGGGAGGCAAUCUGGUGCAUCAUCUGAGUGUGAGAGCUCUGUCGGAGGAUCUCAGACCCCUGCGAGUGCGAGGGCAAAUUUUGGUACAGCCAGGGUUCGGAGGGGCGACUCGGACGCCGUCGGAAUUGUAUUGGGCGUUCGAGAGUUCGUUGUCGUUGAGAGCGAUCGAUUUGUUCUGGAAGCUGGCCCUUCCCGUGGAUGCACAGAGGAGUCACCCGGCGUGCCAUGUAUUUCCCAAGCUGGAAGAGAUGGUGGAGCUCAAAGUGGCUCUUCCCGAUACGCUUCUGGUGAUAGGCGGCAGAGAUCCUUUGCAGGAUUGGGAGAAGCUGUAUUACGACACGCAGCAAAGAUCGUGCACCAAUAUUCGUCUGCUCAUGUACGACGAUGCAAUUCAUGGCUUCAACAUGAAUCCCUCGAACCUGUGGACGGCCCCAUUUUUGCUAGAGUUAGGACGCUUCAUCGGCAGCUCCGAGGCCGUGUCAACAGCAUCAGCUUAGGCUAGUUAGUUAGUUAGUUAGGCUUUCGAAUCCUCUCACAGUGUACAUGCUUGUGAUCCAAAGCCCAAAUUUUGGAUACAAAAUAAAUUGACUUAG